GUUACCCUGUUAUCUCUCGGUGGUUUGUUCGCCACAGGUGUCACGGACGAAAAACCCUUGAGUGAAUACAUUGCAUUGCCGCAUCAAUGGCUGAGGUUCGACUAUCGUUUGACUUCGUUGUUGUAUUGUUGUUACAGCUGUCAUUAUGUGCUAGGCCUUCACAAUUGCAAGCAACUGAACUGAAGAUUAUUCCCAAUACUGAAGACAUUGCGAUGGAAAGCAACCACAUGCUUCUCUGCAAAGCCGAGACUGAGGGGAGAAUGUCAUGGCGUAAAAACGGAGAGGAGAUAGAUGAGAGACGUUUGGAGAUUGAAAUUGUUGACGAGGCUUCAUUGAAACUCACCAUCCCUAAAGUCAGGAUUGAGGAUUCCGGGACUUACACCUGCCACAGCGAUUUUGAUGAUGGCAAAACUGCAACUAAGAAAAUCGACCUCCACGUUUACCAGAGGCCAACGUUUGGCAGUACGCUAACCUACCACGAGUUCCUGGAGGGUCAGAAUGCAGUGCUGCCCUGCGCUGCCACCGGCCUGCCCGCAGUGGAAGUUAAAUGGCGGAAAGCGACUGAUGGUAGGGGUCUGGACAUCGCAGCGGCAGCCUCUGCCGUCAUGUGUGAGCGAAUUACUGUGCUGCCAGACAAUAGCCUGAAUAUCACCAAAAUCGGACGCAAGCAACACGGGAACUACUACUGCAUAGCCACCAUCAAGAACCGCCAAAUUUCUGAGGAGCUAGCCAUUUCAGUUGUUGUCAAUGUACCUCCGACUGCUGAAAUUCACCAGAAGGAGAAAAAGGUCCUAGCAGGACCCAGAACCAAUGUGACUAUAUCCUGCCUGGUCACUGGAGUGCCCACUCCGAAUAUCUCAUGGACCAGCCCACCAAUGUCGGAUGACUCCCGCUACAAGUUCAAUUCGGACAGAAGCGAGCUGACCAUUCCCGCAGUGGUCAGGAGCGACUUUGGCGAGUACGCGUGUGUCGCCAAGAAUAAGAUUGGAGAGAGUCGGGCUAACUUUGUGCUCGACGUCACAGUGCAUCCAACGGUGUCCUUGAACAAGGCUGUCAUGGUGGUGGAGUCUGGGAAGAAUGCCUCUGUGACCUGUGAAGGCUCUGGACACCCCCCUCCAAAAUUUCACUGGGUUCAGAAAGGCACCAACGUGAAACUGACCUCCAGCAGUGUCCGAGUGAGGGCUGUGGGACCCACCCUGGGGUUUGGGGAGGUACAGCCCUCAGAUGGAGGUGUGUAUACCUGUGUGGGCAGCAAUGAUGUUGGGAACGACACUCAAGACUUCAGCCUGGAGACCUGGCCAGGCAGCCCGUCUCAAAUCAACGUGAGCGCAGGACCUGCUUCAGUGCACUUUCACCUGGACGCCCCCGUGGUGGACGGAGGGACCCCCAUCACCCAGUACGUCCUGGAGUGGAGGCAGGAUGGCGAGCCCAGCUGGGCCCAGAGAGACGUCCAGGCCACCGAGCCCUUGGUCCUCCCCUCUCUGAAGCCCUACACCUCCUAUCAUGUCCGCAUGGCCGCCAAAAACCGCCUGGGUCAGGGCCAGUUCUCCCGCGAGCACUCCAUCCGAACCCUGUCCAAACGGGAGCCGGACAGCCCCAUCUUGAUGGACAGUGAGGUGCAGGUGGAGAAGAACUCAGUCUCCAUUCCCAUCAUGCAGCUGGACGACGGCGGCACAGCCAUCAUCCACUAUGUCGUCCGUUACAGACCCGACUCGGAGGAUCAGGCCUGGCUGGAGAUGCAGCUUCCAGCCAACGCCACAGGGAUCCACCUGGCAGGACUGCAGUACAACGCCAGCUACCACCUGGAGGUGGUGGCCGUCAACCCCUUGGGUUCCUCCAGCCCUGCCUACUUCAGCUUCGGAGUGCCCCAGGCCACUGCCGUCCCAAAGACCACAAUGGGUAAAGGAGGGGUGGUAGCAAUUGUCCUAUUGAUCUUCCUGGUGUUGCUUAUUGCCGUGGACGCAACCUGUUGCUAUGUCAACCGCUGUGGACUGCUGAUGUACCUGGCGGUUAAGCUGCUUGGUGAAAAAGCGCCUGGGGUCAAGACUGUAGAGGAUGGAAAUGGGGAAAUCAACAUCGUAGACGUGAAGUUGAAUGGGUUAAGAGCUCAGAGAGGGAGCUUCCCAAAACAGCAGCCGCCGAAUGGGGCACAGAUGGAGGUCACGAGUGACAAAGCGCCCCUCACCAAAUUCGAGAAAGCACCGCCUGCUUGUGGCCCAGCCACUGAGGCUUGAGUGGCUGGAGAGGACGUGCCACUCCGGGUCACCCCACCGCAGACUCACCACAACCAGGACCGAAGGGCUAGAAGCAGAAGCAGAGUGAGGAAAGACAGUGAGAAGAAACGGGUGUGGCUAAGCAUGACAUUCUUAACAAUCUCUUAAGGGCUGGCUGAUGUGCGCCCGUUAAAGAGUAACAAUUAAUGAUUUAGUGAUUAUUGAGGUGUACCGCCACCUCUUCGGACCAGCAGGGUUAAAUGGCUCCCUGCAAUGUGUGUGUGUGUGUGUGUGUGUGUGUGUGUGUAUGUGUGUAUAUACAGUAUGUGUCAUUAUCCUUAAUUUAAAAAACAUAAAAUAACCAUUUAAUUUUCCUUUUAGUUGAGGUAUACAGUGAAACCUCACUACACAAAUCAAUUUUGCAGCUAAAUGUUGCCUUUCCACAAUAGACUCUGAAUUAGUAUUUUACCGAAUAAUUUUUGCAUUAUAUUUUUUUUCAAUAUUUAUACAUCAAAAAUGCAAUAUUAAUAAUCCAGUUGUUAAUAUGAUGAGAAAAGCAAAGUCAGAAUGCGAGGCUUUGGAUUUUUCUUUCUUUUUGAUUGCUCUGUACAUUUUUUGUAUAUAUUCUUCUCACAAGUUUAUAUUUUGUUGUAAAAAUAAACAACCUACGGCCUUCGUGGAAUUUUAAA